AUGGAUCAAUAUGUUCAAAGUGUGCCUUGUAGAAACAAUGGUGUAUUCCACUGUAAAAUCACUAGGGCAAGAACCGUUGAAGCGAAAACCCUGGACAACAGACUAAUCGACGUACCGAAAGUGACAUGCGGUCCGGACGCUAUUCGGGUGAAAGGUGAAAGCGAAGAUGUCUUUGAAGGCCAGAUUUUCAUCAAAAAUCAACGGCGUUCAACGGAUUGCUUCGUCGUUUAUUCGGCUGAAGAGAACUCGACCACGCCAGAAUUUACUCUAUCACUCACUCGACUGUCGUCUUGUGGCAUUGACAUAAGGAGAAAUAACAGAGUCCUUCGAAAGCAACUUGUCAACAUUAAAGAACAACAUGCAAUUUUGGUGUAG